UUAUUUGGGUUUUGCCUCCAUUCGAUCUGACCCAAAUAUUACUGAAGUGUUUUAUCUCUUUAACACUUAUGCAUUUUUACACCUAAACAAAAAAAGAAACCGUAGUCUCUUUCCCCACAUCUCUCGCGCGAACUCAUUGUCUCUUUGUCUCCAUUUCUCCUCCGUCAUGUUUGCCGGUCAGUCUCUUCAUGGCUUCCACCGGAAAAACCUCCAAUUGUUGUCGUUCACGGCGAGCCGAGUUAAAUCUACUGGUAUGCAUCCACCAAGAAGAGGAGGUUUCCCCGCAAGAGCUACCGCCGGACGAGGUGGACCCAGUUUCGUGAAGAACACAAACCCAUGUGCUCCACCGGGAUUUCCACUGCGAAGCAUUGAGGAACUACUACAAGCACCUGCACGAAGAAACCAGCCAACUCUCCACCCUGAGAAGAGAGAUGGUGCUCUUUGGAUAUCAAUUGACGAUGAGGUCAAGUAUGAUAUAAAGAGGGCUUUUUCCAACGAUUUUGAUGGAGCUUGGUGGAAUCUCAGUGAGGUUCCUCCAGAGCAGCAAGACAAGUGGUGGUCCGAUUUUGUGCAAAAGUAUUACUGGGAUUCAGACCACCAUAAUUUGGUGAAGGCUCUUUGGACAAAGCAACUCAGGAGAAUGAUCUCAAACAACAUUAGCAAGGGAAAGACAAACAACAAAAAGCCCAACUUUGUCUCUGAUAACAACUGGAAGUUGAUGUGGCGACAUUGGAACACUCCUCAGGCACUUCAUGUUAGCAACACAAACUCCAAGAACAGGAAAUCAGAGCGUGAUGAAGAUGGUAUACAUCAACACAUCUCAGGUUCCAAAUCUUAUGCCAAGGUCAAAUAUGAAAUGAUGAUGGAGUUGGGUGAGGAGCCAGCUAUCACUGACCUGGUGAGGAAGGCUCAUAUGAAAAGUGACGGCACGUUUGUAGACAAGCGUGCACAUAGGAUUAUUGAAGAAGUUGAGUCUAUUGUUGUUUCAGAACACCCCAGCACUGAUGAGACUGAUAAAGGCUCCAACUCAGAAGCAUCAAUCACAACACUUAUGAGAGAUGAGGCUUUUUACAAUGUAAAUGUUAGAUUAUUUUGUGGUUCCAUUGCUGCGGAUGUUAAUGGUUAUUGGUGGUCAAGCCACACAAAGGCAGGCUGUUUGGAUUUGGAACAGCACAAAUGGAGAACUAUGAUCACAUUGCUCCACCUGCUGUUGUUCUUACUCGUCAAGCUCAAUUGGAGAAAGAGGUGAUUAAUCUUACUGGAAUGGUCAAGUUGAUGAGCCAGCAGCUCACUGCUUUGUGUGAAGCUAGAGGAGUAACAGCCUCUGAUGCAACUACCAACCCUUCUCCAUCUUCACCUCCUACCACCAAUGAGCCGAGAAUCUAGAUGGCGUUGCUGACUUUUUGUUAGCUUUUUUUUCUGGAAAAUUGAAGCCAUAACAGUUAGAAUCUUUUUUGUGUUAUGUCUGUUAGUUUUCACAUAUCGGUUUCAUAUUCUGUUUCUACUAAAUGAAUGCUUUGUUUCCAUUAUGUUCCAAGUGUUUCAGUUUA